CAUAAAUAAAACAGACCACAAUCCCAGAGCUUGUAAGAAAACGUCCAAAAACAGACAUCUGUCUGAUCUUACAGUGAAUGGUCUGAACCCAGCGGCCGACGUGGCUACAGCCGCGGAGCUGCCGCAGAAGCUAACAGCGACCGAGCCCGGGCCAGUGGCUCAACGCGAUGUCCCGCUGUAUUUAGACUCAUGCACACAGCUCUUGUGAAUGAGCAAUUGGAGUGUAAGGAGAUCAGUUUCAUUGAAAUUUAAAAUACUAUCGAAGGUAAAUCAUUGUAAGCACUCUAGGUCUAGUGUUAAGCAGUCACCAGCUAAUUUCCAUGCUAAUGCUAAUGAGAGGAAGACGCACAAUUGAACCACACUCCUUACAACAGCAGCUCUAAACGGGAGUUUUAUGAAUCGUAAGGAUUUUAAAUAAAUUAACACAUUUCUAUGAAACAUUCUUGUACAAGGUAAUAAUAAAUGGAAGAGGAGGCCAUUGCCCAGCAAGUUGACUUGACUCUUUGUCUCGUUGGAUUCCAGUAUGAUAUCAGCUCUGUAAUGAAAGAAAGAAAGUUCUUUACCUUGCCAGCGUCAUUUGGUCCAGGCUGUAAGGAAACUGAGCAUGGAAGGGACUCUUGCAUUGGAGUUUGGGUAGCAGAUCCCCCUGUUGGAGGAUACAUUUGAAUACGCUGGAUCCAAAUGUCUCUCCUGAAGGACAGCCCAAUCACAUCCAGGUCGUCACUUCCAUAUCGGAAGGCACACGCCAGUGCUGAGGGAUCUACUUUGACAACCCCAUCUAGAAAUGAGAUAUAGAAUUAGUCCACUAGUAUGAGAUUGUAGAGAUGAGUGGAGUGCCACUUACCAACAACAUCCACUGAAUCAAUGUGAUCCACAAAGUCUCUCUUCCCCAAGUACAGAGCAAUCUGAGUGAAACCACAGGAAAAUGUUAUUGCUUGCCAAAGUUACAAGAGUUUUAAGCUAUUUCUGGGAGCUGGAAGAGCAACAUACAAAUCUUACUCCUCCCUGUGCUCUUGGAGUACCCUAUAAUGACUACAUUACAGAGACCACUUACUUGUCCAUUGCCACUGGUCUUCUUGAAAACCCUGAAGGAGAGAAGGAUCAAAAGAGACUCUAUGUGCAGGACUGCUGGACACUAUGGCGCGUUUUGACAAGACACCACUAUAGAACAUCAGAUCUCUUCCACUGUAAGUCAAGCCACUGGAUCUGAGUAACCCACAUCCCGCCAGACACUCUGUUUAAGAAAUCUAUAGGCUGGGACAACUGUAGUCAUCAGAAGAACCUUUCAUGGGUGUUGCUUUUUCCUUAUAAGGCAACAGAGCUGGGAAAUCAUUUGAAUUGGUCUGGUUUCUGGUGCAUGCCUGUCUGGUUUUAGUCCUGACUGUGGUCCAUCUGAGGCUGAGAGGAGGGCUUGUGCCGUCACUGCUACAGGGUUCCUGUCUUACCUUCAGGACUCAGUUAUGAUGGUGUGGGUUUGGAGCAACACACUUACCAGACAACAGAGGCUCACAGGGAAAAACUGAUAUUAUCACAAAUUCAGAGUGGACCUCCCUCAACAGCAACUGGACAAAUGAAUGGACCUAAACUGAGCCUUUCUUUUUAAUUAAAUAUGCAUGACUUGGAAGGAACUAAUAGAGACUGAGCAAGUCCUGCUGUGAACUGCGUGGAUCAGUACUAAAGGAUCAUGAAAGAAACAUUGCUCAUUUGCUCAAUUUGCAUCAUGAAUGACAGAAGAAUGAUUGAGUUUGACAGUAAACAUAACAUCAUGUGUUAUGUAGAGCUCUCCGCCUCUUUUGGGGUACUUUUAUAGCCCUAACACCAGUCUGCACACAACACCAUGGCGACAGUGGCGUGGUAUCACAGGGACAUCAGUCGUGUGCAUGCGGAGGAUUUACUGGCACGAGCCGGAAGGGAUGGCAGCUACCUCGUGAGAGACAGUGAGUCUGUGCCUGGGGCCUACGCACUGUGCCUCCUGUUCCAGCGACACGUGCACACAUAUCGCAUUCUUCCAGACGCCGAUGGCCUCCUGGCAGUGCAGACAACACAGGGAGUACAGGUGAACUGCUUUCGUACUUUGGAGGAUCUUGUGAUGGGGUAUCAGUAUCCGCACAAAGGCUUGGUUUCCCCACUUUUGUACCCUGUUUUACGGGAUGCCGACUCUGGAGAUGAGAGUUCUGAUGAUGAGAGACCUCCACCUCCAGUGGCACUGCCAGCCACUACAGUAUCUGUAUCUCCACAAGUAAAUCCAGGUCCUUCAGCAUUAUUCCUGGAAAAAUUACUGGAGCUCAGCACAUCCAGCACAGGAAGUGAGAUCAUCUCUCUGCUUCAUAACUACCUCUACAGUGAGCUGUCCCUUGACAUUGAGAAUGUACACAAAGGGUCCACAAAUCUUUUUCACCUCCGACGUACUCUGGGAAGUGCAUGCCAGGGCCUAAACAACGAGAUUGACCUUACUCUCUCAAGUUUGGAAACCCUAGUCAAAGUCUUUGACAAUACCAACUGUUCUUUGACACACAAGGCUCAGGGUCCAGACAUGGAUAUAGACACUUUGUUGUGCAAGAUUUCAUCCUUAGUGAGCCUUCUUUCAUCGUUAGAGAAAAAGGUGUUACAAGCUCUACAAGAGGCAGUGGCUAAUCAUAAUUUAGCAGUGCAGCCAGACCCACCACCAGAAGCUACAACCAUCAAUAUGACAUGCACUGCACCUGUCAAGACUCCUAGGCAAAUGACUAUCCACUCCUUCCAGGUGAAGAUGGUACGCUAUGGUAGACAGAUUAUCUCUGUUGAUGUGGAUUCUGGUGUGAUCCUGUUUGACAGAAAAGCUGACUCAUUUAGUGUUGAAAAGGUUUCCCAUGAUAGAAUUCUUCAGAUUGUCAAAUUUCCAAGCAGUUCAGCUAAGGUUCAGAUGGUGGUUGACAAACUUCACAAUACGCCACGAGAGAUGAUUUUUGAAAGUGCUAGGAAACGUGAUGCUUUCUGCCAACUCCUGCAGCUGAUGAAGAUACGGCACUCUGGGAUGAUUGAACCAGACCUGAUCUCUGUGUUUAUUGGCACAUGGAAUAUGGGUGGUUCCCCACCUCCAGGAACCCUGCAGUCAUGGGUAACUUGUUGCGGUUUGGGUCACACUCCAGAUGAGUCUAUUGGACUUCUCCCUCAUGACAUAUAUGCUGUGGGCACUCAAGAAAAUCCACAGGGGGAAAGAGAGUGGACUGAGAAUGUGAAAGCAACUCUUCGCAGCUACACUCACAUUGACUUUAAACUGGUGGCAGUGCAGUCCCUCUGGAAUAUGAGACUGGCAGUGUUGGUGAAACCCGAACAUGAGGGGCGCAUCAGCCGUGUGGGCACAGCCAGCGUCAAAACCGGAUUAGGCAACACUUUGGGAAAUAAAGGAGCUGUUGGUGUCUCUUUCUAUUUUAACGGGACAUCAUUUGGGUUUGUUAACUGCCACAUGACCUCUGGAAGUGAUAAAGUCCUCAGGAGAAACCAGAAUUUUAUGGACAUCCUGAGACUGCUUUCCCUUGGUGACAAGAUUGGCCCAUUUGACAUCAGUCUUCGCUUCACUCACCUGUUCUGGUGUGGGGACCUCAACUACCGACUGGACCUGGAUGUGCAGGAUAUUUUAAAACAUGUUUCCAAGAGAGAAUUUGAUGAGCUCAUGUGUGCCGACCAGCUGACCAGAGAAAGACACAAGAGAAAGUGUUUUCUCAAUUUUAAGGAAGAGAAGAUCAUAUUUCCACCGACAUAUCGAUAUGAAAGAGGCUCCAGAAACUGCUAUUUGUGGCAAAAAUACAAAACCUCUGGGGUGCGAGUAAAUGUGCCCUCGUGGUGUGACAGGAUUUUGUGGAAAUCCUAUCCAGAAACAUACAUCAAUUGCACUGCAUAUGGUUGCACUGAUGACAUCUUUACAAGUGAUCACUCUCCUGUUUUUGCCACUUUCCAAGUUGGAGUGACACCUCAUUUUGUCUCCAGAACAGAAAGAAAAACAAGUGUGGAGAAAGCAUGGAUUGAACUUGAAGUUGUUGAAGUCAUUGUAAAAACAUCAAGCAAAUCCAAAUUUUUUAUUGAAUGUUAUUCACCCUGUCUUGAAGAAACACGCCGCUCUUGUGAAAAUGAUUCUCAGAGCUGUGACGUUCCUGGGUUUCUGAAGCUUGGCUGGUCUUUUAAACAGUUGCCAAAGCUCUUUCCCAUUUUCUCUGAUCUGGAGUAUCUUCAAGAUCAACACUUGCUGCUGUCUGUGAAGUCAUGUGAUGGCUUUGAAUCAUAUGGUGAAUGUUGUGUAGCCCUGCGCUCUGUCAUAGGAGCCUCAGAGCAGUUUGAGACAUUUUUGAGCCACCGUGGGGAUGAGAUAGGCUCCAUACGAGGACGGGUCAGAGUUCAUGUGCCUAAAGACAGAAGGGGAACCAGGACUAAAAUCUAUGAAUUCUGUUUUGAUAAAGAUGACAAACCCUCAGUUAGGGGACACCUUUUACCUGCACAAACCCGAUUCCCAAUAAACAGGUCCUCGGCAUCUCCCUAUUUGUUGUCUCCAAGCAGCUACACCAAUCCCGCCUACUUCAUCUUUGAAGGAGUGUCAGUGGUACCCAAAAAGCAGUCUGCACCUCAGCGCAGAGAGGCUCCUGUGAUCUGGUCUGGAAAUGAGGCUCUUCAGCUCCCCAAAGUCUCAGGACGUGCAGACUUUGACCGUAGGCCUAGCCGCAGAGCGGACUUUACAGAGAUUGAAAUUCCAGCCUUGUUGCCACAAUAUGCGCAGGCAGAUGACCUUCACACACCUCGAACAAUCUCUUCUUAUCAGCUUUUCCCAGCCAAAAAAUCCCCCUCUAUUUCCCCACCCUCAAGUAUUUCAAAAUACCAGGAGCAGAAUGCACCGUCCAAAGAAAAAUGCAUUCAGAAUGCUGCCCAGGACUCUAUUCUGCCAGACAAAAACCUUAAAAACCUUUAUAUGAACCAUUUGAUGAUUAUUAAAGACCAAGUUGUGAACCGACCAGAAAGAACUAGUCCCAUCCCUUCAGUCAAGCCUCCUGCAGCUUUCCCUCAUGUUCCAGCUAAAGUGUUACGUUCUCAAGCGUCUGUUCCGUGGCUGGUGGAGCACCAGGCCCCAGGUCCGACUGGAGACCAUUCUCUGACUGCUUUACAGAUUGCCAAGUCUCUCAGUGAGAUGGAUUUCUUUCCCAUAGAACAGAAAACUCCUUCAGUACAGCCAAAGCCAAAGUAUAGAAAUGGUCCUAAAAUGACAACAGACCGAGAAUAUGGCUGGGUUAAAGAGGUAUCUGACCUUCAAGGUGCGCCUGAAACUGUACAAGAACUUCUCUCUACAAUGGGUCUUCAGAAAUACCACCAUGGCCUUCGUCUUUGUGGCUGGGAUGACCUGGAUUACUUCUGUGGCAUCACAGAGGAAGAUCUCCGUGCUGCUGGAGUAACAAACCCUGCUCAUCGACGCAUGAUCCUUGAAAAUCUUCCCAAAAACUGGAACUGACAAACGAUGAGGACUUAAAUGUAAAAAUGAAACUGGAACAUCUAUUUGGACUUGUUAAACUUGAAAUACCAAUACUUAAGUUUAACUGUAUGUUGUGUAUACUAAAUCCAUAGAACUUCAAAACUGCUUAAUUCAGCCAUCAUCUAGACAACUCAUGUACAUACUGUAUACUUUAAUACUUGAUGUGAAUCUAACAUGUAAACGUUGUUUUUUCCCCUAAUAAGGUCUGUAUAUAUUUUUAAAAUACACUUUUCCAUCUUUACUCGUGGCUUUAAUGUUUCAACACAGGCUUUAACUGUGUACACUUCACUGUGCUAUAUUGAGCCUCUAUUCUUUAAAAGCCCCUGGUUUUUCCUGUGGACCAUAAAGUCUAUAGCUGUAAAUCUAUUGUAAUGAGCUGCUUUAGUUCAUUUUGUUUACCAUGCCAUUUAUGCCUUAAGUGCAUAAAGCAACUCUUGACCAUCACUAAGCAAUGCAAGUCAUUUUGUAUGGGAAUACAUUACUUGACCAAUGAGAAGGACCAUUUUGUAGUAGUCAUUUGUGACAUUGCAGUGUGUUUUCUUUUGCACACAUCUCUAUGAUAGGCAAUUGUUAAUUAAACUGUAUUUAAUGUUACUACUCUAUUCAGCUUGAUUUAUUAAGGUAAUUUCAACUUAUUUGUUAAGUUAUAAAACUAGACACAGUUUCAGUUUUCAUUUUCUGUUCUAGUCACUUAUUUGAAUGUUCAAACACUUCUCUCUGUUUGACCAAACUCUUGUGUCACUGACCACGAUGUCACAACUGUCAGUACUUA